GACGUAGAGGAACCAAUGCCCACUUGCUUACUCAACAAUAAAACGGCGAACAGGAGAGAGAUCGUAGAAGCGCUUAGCUGCUGCCUACUGCAGUGCAGAGCAGAGGGUCCUUUGUCUUCGCUGUCGGGGUCCGAAACAGCAAUUCCAAGCAAAAUGUUUCAGUCUUCGUUUCGUCAGGUGAGGAACCUGAGACCAUGCAACCCUCAGCUAUAUGCUCUCGGAAUCUCACGUUUCUCCACAUCCACACAGGCAUCUUCGAGUCAGAGAAACCCUCCGAGGCUUCGCAAUCUCAUCGGAGGUGAAUUUAUGGAGUCACAAGCAAGUACUACAAUCGAUGUUAUAAACCCUGCUACACAAGAGGUUGUUUCUCAACUGCCUUUAACUACGAAUGAGGAGUUCAAAGCUGCAGUAAGUGCUGCCAAACAGGCUUUCCCGUCAUGGAGAAACACACCCGUGACUACCCGUCAGCGUAUUAUGUUCAAGCUUCAAGAGCUCAUCCGUAGGGACAUUGAUAAGCUCGCAAUGAAUAUAACUACUGAACAGGGAAAGACAUUGAAAGAUGCUCAUGGUGAUGUAUUCCGUGGAUUAGAGGUCGUGGAACAUGUUUGUGGAAUGGCCACUCUACAAAUGGGGGAGUUUGUUUCAAAUGUGUCCAAUGGAAUUGAUACAUACAGCAUUAGGGAACCACUUGGGGUUUGUGCUGGGAUAUGCCCCUUUAAUUUCCCUGCGAUGAUUCCCCUGUGGAUGUUUCCAGUGGCAGUUACGUGUGGCAACACAUUUGUUCUAAAGCCAUCAGAGAAGGAUCCAGGGGCUUCUAUGAUACUUGCAGAGCUUGCAAUGGAGGCUGGUUUGCCCAAUGGUGUCUUAAAUAUUGUUCAUGGAACCAAUGAUGUUGUUAAUAAUAUUUGUGAUGAUGACGAUAUCAAGGCUAUUUCAUUUGUUGGUUCAAACACUGCUGGCAUGCACAUAUAUGCAAGAGCUGCAGCUAAAGGAAAACGUAUUCAGUCAAAUAUGGGAGCAAAAAAUCAUGCUAUUGUCUUGCCUGAUGCAAGCAUGGAUGCUACUUUGAAUGCUCUAGUAGCUGCUGGUUUUGGUGCUGCAGGGCAAAGGUGCAUGGCACUCAGCACAGCAAUUUUUGUUGGAGACUCAAAAUCAUGGGUGGAGAGACUUGUGGAGAGGGCAAAGUCACUUAAAGUUAGUGCUGGAAUUGAGCCUGGUGUAGAUCUUGGUCCAGUUAUUAGCAAACAGGCAAAGAAUCGAAUAUGCAAACUGAUCCAGAGUGGUGUUGAAAGUGGUGCCGAACUUUUGCUUGACGGGAGAGAUAUUGUGGUUCCAGGGUAUGAGGAUGGUAACUUUGUUGGUCCCACAAUCUUAUCAAAUGUGACAAGCAGCAUGGAAUGUUACAAGGAGGAGAUCUUUGGCCCAGUUCUUCUUUGUAUGCAGGCUGACAGCCUAGAAGAGGCCAUAGACAUUGUCAACAGAAACAAAUAUGGAAAUGGCACAUCUAUAUUUACCUCAUCUGGUAUAGCUGCAAGGAAAUUCCAAAAUGAGAUUGAAGCAGGCCAGGUGGGCAUUAAUGUUCCAAUUCCAGUUCCAUUGCCCUUCUUCUCUUUCACUGGAAACAAGGCAUCAUUUGCAGGCGAUCUCAAUUUCUAUGGUAAGGCCGGUGUCCAUUUCUACACUCAGAUGAAAACAAUAACUCAACAGUGGAAGGAUUUACCAGGCCAAGGAGUAUCACUAGCCAUGCCAACUUCUCAGAAAGCAUAAAAACCCAAGAUCAUGCAUUUGUUUCUUUGCUGAAGUGAAUCAUUUGUAAACGCAUGAGAACCAAUAUUAUUGCACUUUGUUCAACUCUCCAGUUUUGUGCA